AGCGCCUCUUCGUGGACACAAAGGACCCAAAACUGUCAUAAUUGAAAAAUGAUAUCAGAGUCUCUUCUUAAACUGCAACAAUGUGAGGCAGACGACGGUUAGACCACAGUGUGCAAUGAAUAAGUACUUCACUUAUAGCCACAGUCCAUGCUAGCCGCCCGAGCAGUUGCGGCGGGCUUCCCUCUAAUAACGUUAACUGCGGCCGAAACGAUGACCUCUGUGGCAGCGACGACAUCCUCUGAGCCUCGGGGGCUGCAUGCAUCAGCCAGCCGGGAUGCACGCUCUGGGAGCCCGCGGCAGAGGCUCCAGAAGCUGCUCGCGGUGCCUGGAUACGACCCGGGCCGGGUUAACGACCUGCUGCUCCUCCGGCCUGAUACAGACGGUCACUCUGCACCAGAACCGAAGGGGAAGAGCGCUAACAGGCAUGUUGUGUUUUUCCACGGGGAUAUACAGAACUUUCAGGAGGAGAUGGCUCUGCAGCCUGAGGGAGCCCAGUGGCUGUCCUGGAGUCUGGAGCAGGUGGCCCUCACCCUGGGCCGACGUUUCCCUGACCGACACGUUUGGGUGGUCAGAGCCUCUCGGAUGUAUCUCCACAAGUUCAGCUGCUACCACAACUUUGUGGAGAGCAACAUGUUCGGGGCGCCGGAGCACUCGCUGUACUCACCUGACUGUGGAGCGUUUCGCCACCUCAGGGCCCUCCUGAGCCAUGGCAUGGAGCGAGCCAGCCUACCAAACCCCCUCCAGCCACAAGGAGGCGCUGACAACAUCCCCUUAGGGUUUUCACUGACGCUGGUGGGCUUCAGCAAAGGCUGCGUGGUGCUGAACCAGAUGGUGUACGAGCUGGCCGGGGCCCGCGCAGACCCGCAGAUGUCGCACUUUGUUAAAUGCAUCUCGGACAUGUACUGGCUGGACGGCGGGCACCCGGGAGGCAGUGAGACCUGGGUGACGGGCAAGCAGGUGUUGAAGGAACUUGCUUCCAGCGGAGUGUCGAUUCAUGCCCACGUGACCCCGUACGAGGUGUGUGACCCGAUGCGGGCCUGGGUGGGCCGCGAGCACGGACACUUCAUUAAGACCCUGGAGGGGUAUGGGGCCAGUCCAAAUAAGAAGCUGCACUUUGAGGAUGAGCCCCCCUCCAUCAAGAACCACUUCAGGGUCAUCCAGGAGUUUUGAGAUUGGUUGUGAGCACUUCAGACACAACACACACAAAUCUGAGCUGAAUAUCUGAACUUCACUGAGCGCUUUAGAUUAUUUAUUAAGAAUACAGAUUGAGUGUCUUAUUCGCUGGUCUUACCUCAAUUUUUCUGUGAUUUAAGGGCUGAGUUUAGAGCACGUGACAGAUGCUGGUGUGUUGUACUUUCUACUGCUAAAUGCACUUGAUCCGAGUUUGAAUGAUCCAAGGGCCUUUUCCCUGCUCCCUGUGGCCCCGAGUAGGAAUAUGCAGGUAUGAAAAUGAUCUUCUUCUUUAUUCUUUAGGCUAAUGUAACCUUUUCCAUUUGAUUCUGGCUUAAGCCUUGAGUUGCUGCAGAGCCGUCGAUUUAGAAACACGAUUCAUGUUGUUUCAGUAGAUUUUGCUGAUGAGGGAAUUUCUAUAAUUUAAGGUGUAAAAUGUAACAUUGCGACUUAUUUAAAAUUUCUGCCAUGAUUUUAAACUUAAUGUAUGUUUGGCUGAAGCAGAACAGCUUAUUACAUUCUCUUUAUAUGUGCACUUGUGUUGAGCUGCUUUUAGACCUGUGAAUGUCUGAACUUGACUUCAUAGGUUCAGACUUCAUCAGUUGGUUUCACAGUAGUGAUUGUUGAUUGUAUUCAAACGUGUGGCCAGUCAGUUAAGCCAAGUACUUUGUCAGAAAGUAAAACAAUGGUUCUGUUGUCAUUCCUUCAGUUUGAUCCCUGUAGCGGACUGUCCACCAAUCAUUUGUCAGAGCUUUUCGGGGGAGCGAGUUGACAACACAAUCUCACCUCAAGGUCCAUUUAGUAGCUGUUCUGGAGCUUUCGAUCAUAUCACAUGAUCUUUUUUCAGCAAAUGCAGUUGAGUUGCUUUAAACUCCAUCUGCUGAUGAUCAUGUGGACGUUGAGGUGAGAUUUUGUCACCUGCUGCUUUCAAGUUAAGAACAAACUUUCAAACUCAUUAUUUUAUAAUAAUAAACAACAUUCUUUGAAACUUUUCUUUUUUGCUGUGACCUACCAGCUCAUUUCAUGAUAAACUUUUAUUACAUAGCACCUUUUCUAAACAUUAACAGAGCAUGUUAAUUUGCUCUUUUUGAUUUGAUCUUUUUCUCUCAACACGUUUUACAUUUGUUUUGACAAUAUACCAAAAAAACGUUAGAAGUUUUUUGUUAUAAUGAAAUAAGUUGGCAAGAUGUAUUAAGAAGGUACAGCUUCAUUUUCGGUUUUGUUUCAUGGUGGCAGAAAUGCAUACUGUAUUUUGUUUAUUGCAAUAUGUAAAAAAAUACACAUGCUUGCUAGUUUUGUGGGAAUGUGGCAGCAUGUUUAUUAACCUCUGUAUGAUGUAUUCCAGUCUGUAUGAUCUCUAUGUAAGCUUACAUAGCAUCUUUGCACUAUGCUGAUGGCUGCAACUCAUUUUGCUGAAUGUAACUUGAAAUCAUUCCAUUAUGUUUUCUACUUGCUGUAUGCUGUGCUGUUUAAAGACCCUGUGAGUUUACCAGGAGGAUAGAUAAGAUUCACUUUUUCUAAAGGUGUAAGCAAGUGCACAGCCAAGAGAACAUGCAUUAUUUUAAAUCAUCUGCUUGCUAAUUGGUAUACAUUGUCACCAUGAUAUUUUGUCCUAUUAACUGUUAGCCAAUGAUGGAGAGGAGGCAACAGAGAAAUGUUUCACUAGUAGAGUGCAGUUUGUUUCAGCUCUCUUGAAACAGCAGGUGGCAGCAGUGUGGAAAAAGUAGAAAGCAGGACAUUGAAAAAGACUGUUCUACACUGGAUUGACUCAAGAAAACAAAAAGAAUACUCCAUCAGAUAUUUUCUAGAACCUUUUAAUGAGCUUUUUCAGUUUGCUUUGUGAUGCUUACAUAUUAGCCUGCAGUUGAUCAGAAUACAAUAUGGAUUAUGUCUUUUUUUUUUUUUAGUAAUUUCAGAUGCAAUCAGAAUGCUCAUACAUUAAAAAAAUAUAAAAUGCAAAAUAAACAUACAUCUCGAACAUUUA